ACCCGCCCAAAUAGUCUUGUCAUUUUACUGGAUAUAACGUACUAAAAUUUUAACUCCGGCUAUAACGUUCAAUAUUUUUGCCCGAUUGACAGUAAUUUUCGGGUUGUAACGUACAAAGGUACGUUAUAAGCAGAGUAAUUUUCCCGGCACCGAGGCCGCCGGGGAUUUACAGUUCUCGACUCUGAGAAUUUUUAUAGAACAUGCAAAAUGAGAUGACCGGUAGUUUUAGAUUGAACAUUGCGUGUUAUUGUGCGAGUGCGAGUUUUAGUAGUUUUUUUGGUUAAAUGACGGAUAAGCGCAGAGCUAUAAAUUUGAAAGAAAAAAUAGACAUCAUUAAAAGUAUUGAAAGUGGCAUUAACAAAUCGGAAAAUGCGAGAAGGAAAAAUAUGGCAAAAACAACAGUUUCUACAAUUUGGAGCAAUCGUGAAAAAAUCAAGCAAGAAAGUGAAAAUAAAUCGCAAAGAAUUAAGAAAAUUAGGAAUCCCGUACGCCCAGAUGUGGAUCAAGCUCUUAUUCGAUGGUUUGAGGUGAGAAGAACCGAAAAUAUUCCUAUAAGUGGACCACUUUUAAAAGCAAAAGCGGAAGAUUUAUUUAAGGGAUUACACGGUGGAGAUUUUAAGUGCUCUACGGGUUGGCUCGAGCGUUUUAAAGUUCGUCACAACAUCAAUGUCGGCAAAGUGUCCGGUGAAGCAGGAGAUGUUAGCAGGGAAGCUGUGGUGAACUGGUUAACCGAGAAAUGGCCAGGUAUUGCACAAAAUUACAGCUAUGAAGAUAUUUUUAAUGGGGAUGAGACCGGACUAUUUUACAAGAUGACUCCAGACCGUACACUAAAAUUUAGAGGAGAAAAGUGUGUGGGAGGCAAACAAUCAAAGCUAAGAUACACCGUUUGGGUUUGUGCAGAUACGACAGGUAGUAAAAAAUUUAAACUUCUUGUCAUUGGUAAAUACAAACGACCGAAGUGCAUGAAAAAUAUUAAAAACCUGCCUGUUAUUUAUAAAUCGAAUAGACGCGCAUGGAUGACUUCAGACAUUUUUAUUAAUUAUUUGAAAGAGUGGUAUGAAAAACUAAGACGUCAAAAAAGAAAAAUAUUGCUUCUAGUGGACAAUUGUGCAGCUCAUCCAAAGAAUGUAGAUCUGACAAAUAUCAGAUUAGAAUUUUUGCCUCCCAAUUGCACUUCUGUCAUAUAACCAAUGGAUCGAGGCCUAAUAAAAUGCCUGAAAACCUAUUAUCGUAGAUAUUUUAUGUAUCGCCUAAUUCAAGCAUUGGAUAGUGAGGAAACGUUCAAUCUAACAAUUCUAGACUCGAUAAAAAUAAUUGCGAAAUCUUGGAAUGAGGUUUCACAAAAAACGAUUCAAAACUGCUUUCGACAUGGUGGUCUAGUGAAAUCGAUCGAGGAGUUUGAUUCAGAUGAUGACUUGCCUCUGAAUCAGUGGUACGAGAAAUAUAAAAGUGUUGAUGAUGAUGAUGAUGACUGGGAUAUUCCGCUAAGUUAUUGGUUGCAAAAUCACUGCCAAGACGUACUGUAGAAAAAUAUCUUCCUGAACUAGAUAAUUUUACGACCAUCGACAAUAAUCUGGUAGCAACGGAGACCUUAACGGAUUGCGAUAUU